AGAUGGUCCAGGUUGGUGCGUGUCUUUUGCCUCCCCCUACAUUCUAAUCGCAGCUAUAGCUUACAUGGCAUUUAUCCACGCUAUUUAGACAAGUCAGAACGCGCCGAAUCGCCCUUCUGGGCUGGUCGAAGCACGUCCCUCGGUCAGGAAGCAUCCAAGAUCUAUGGUCCGAAUACCGUUGUUGGAGCUUCAUACUCACAUGCCAGUCUUGUACAGCCUACAUCCUCCCACCCCCGUCCCAGAACGCCGACAAAGUCGUCUCCUGCGGUUUCUACAGCGCACUUGGCUCGCAGAUCAGGCAACCUGGUAGCAUCGCCUCCCCGACAGCCAUACCCCGGAAUCAUGACUGAAGGCGUUGACGAGUGGAGUCGUGACCCCACCGAGGAAGAUGACGACGAUGACGACGACGAGAUUGUAUAUGAUGAUGACGAAGAUGAAUUUGGACUCCCCAGUCUUGCCAGCAUGCGAAGAAAGAAGUCCGCGCCCUCAAAGUCAAAGAACGCCAAUUCCAGUGGUGGGGCAGGAGGCAGUCUCUCAUCACUGGGGUACGGGCUGUCUGCGAGCAGCAGACAACGAGCAAAUAGUGCAGACAUCGCCGAGGAGCGGGGGGCCCCAAUGUACCCGACAGCGCGAAAGGGAGAAGGAAAGAUCCUCAGGCCUCAAUACAAGGACAUUCUGCAAGAUCCCGCAAACGCUUUGAACCUUAUCAAUCACUCUCCGCCGCCAACAGAUGCUUCUUCCAAGGAAAGGGAUAUUCACUCGAGCCGCAUUACGCGAAUUAACAAAUUCAAGCGCAUCUUGCAAGCCAGCACAGUGUCGCCCACCGAGCUGCGGAACCUCGCUUGGUCUGGCGUUCCGGAGGAAGUUCGGCCAAUGACCUGGCAACUUCUUCUUGGUUAUCUUCCUACUAAUAGCGAGCGACGUAUUUCCACCCUUGAGCGAAAGCGCAAGGAGUACUUAGAUGGAGUUCGACAAGCCUUUGAGCGCGGCAGCGGCGCAAACUCCACAAACCCCCUGCCUCAUCCAAAGGCCGCGGCAGAGGACUGGACGAAGCGUAUCGAUGUCCCGCGCACCAGUCCUCAUAUUCCAUUAUAUGGCUAUGAAGCUACUCAGCGAUCCCUGGAGCGCAUUCUUUAUGUGUGGGCUAUCCGGCAUCCAGCUAGUGGUUAUGUCCAAGGUAUCAACGAUCUAGUCACGCCAUUCUGGCAGGUCUUUUUGGGCGUCUAUAUUACCGAUCUGAACGUCGAAGAGGGCAUGGACCCUGGUCAAUUGCCCCGCAGCGUGUUGGAUGCCGUGGAGGCUGACACGUUCUGGUGCCUCACCAAGUUGUUGGACGGCAUUCAGGACAACUACAUCUACGCCCAGCCGGGAAUCCAUCGACAGGUCAGGGCCCUUCGCGAUCUGACGGUGCGCAUCGACUCAGCCUUAGCGAAACAUCUGGAACAAGAAGGCGUGGAGUUUAUGCAAUUUAGUUUCCGAUGGAUGAAUUGCCUGCUCAUGCGGGAAAUGAGCAUAAAGAAUACGAUACGCAUGUGGGACACUUAUAUGGCCGAGGAGCAGGGCUUCUCCCGAUUUCACCUUUACGUUUGCGCUGCAUUUUUGGUCAAAUGGACCGAUCAAUUGGUCAAGAUGGAUUUCCAGGAGGUGAUGAUGUUCCUCCAAGCAUUGCCCACGAAAGGAUGGACAGAGAAAGACAUUGAACUUUUACUGAGCGAAGCUUACAUCUGGCAAAGCCUGUUUCAAGACUCGCGAGCUCAUCUCCGGCCCGCUGGCGAUGAACCUCCUGAAACUGGUAUCUUUUAUUGA